UACAAGAAGAACUGGAGGCAUAUGAAGCUUUAUCAGGGGUUCCCAGGUCACUGACUCCAGAUAGGGCUAACAUUACAGAGCAAGUCCAACGAGCAGGUUCCACUGAGAGAAAGUGCCAGUUUUCAACUCACUCUUGCUGUGAUGAGAAUCAGCUUUGUCUUCUUCCGUGCCUUCAUUCUGCCUGCAAGCCAUGCAUCGAUCACCAAGCUACCAAAGCAAAGCAAAACUGCACACAGUGUCCCUCUUGCGGCCACGAGUUCAUGGACCACACAGCAGUUGAUCAUGUCAGACGCAAUGAAGCUGCCUAUGUUGCCAACGUUGAUGGAGAGAAGAAAUGCAACUAUCUCGAAGGAGAUCAUCAUGCAAAGUCUGACAUGUACUGUCACGAAUGUGAUGACCUGUUCUGUUCCGACUGUCAGAACCUGCAUGACUGCUGAAAAGGAAUCAAACCACAGAGUGGGUCAAAUCAACGAGGACGAAAAUAUCCCAACAAAUCAAUGGCUUAAAGAACUCAACUGCAGAGACUACCCUGACACUAUGUUGCAUUGUCAUGAUUGUGAUAACCUGCUCUGUUCUGACUGCCAUAAAGUGCAUGACAUACCGACACAGAAUCGAAACCAUAAGAUCCCCCAGGCAGGAAAUAUCCCUUUGAAGCAAUGGCUGAAAGAUCCCAUCUGCAGAGACCACCCUGACACUAAGCUGCAGCUGUAUGACCACACAUGUAAGCAGGCUAUCUGCCUUGUGUGUGUACACUGGGCCCACAAGGAUCACAAGAGUGAAGCCUAUCGGGGUGCAAUGGGUCUGCCUGAGGAGCAAGUGCAGAAGCAACAACUAAAACUGGAAGAUGUCACAGACAGGACGGGAAAUGUCAAGAAUCACCAAAAUGAACUGGGCAAUACACAGAGAAAACUGGAACAAAAAGUCAUUGAAGUUUUCAGAAAUGCUGCUGUAAAGUUUCUUCAUCGACAGAGGCAACUCAUGAACGGGAUUAAAGGGAGUCUACAGGCGCCCAAUGAAAUGGUUCAAGAGAAACAAAAGACUACACUGAGAGAACUUUUGAAUCUACAAGACGAGAGGAGCUCAUUACUCUUCACUGGUGUACUGCAGAAGCAAUCUGAUGAAAACAUCAAGAGGCAGCUUCCAGAAGAUGACACACGAGAUACGCGAAUCCUUCUUUCCUGUCACGGCCAGAAAGCUCUGGGGGAACUCAUCGACACAUUUGGUGGCCUCGCCUCCAGUCUCGACUUGGGUGAUAUUCCAGAUUCACAGCCUACUUUACAAGGUAAAUAUAUAUGAAAACAUGUAAAUUACUACAAAACCCAUGGGACAUUGCCCAGUUACUCAUUCUACUGUCGAAACUAAACCAUUUCAUAAAUGUCUCAAUCACCUUUAUCCAUGAUACGUCAUCAACGAAAAUAGUGUAAACAGUAUCAGAAUCGACUAAAAGGACAUUGCAUUGUGAAUAUUCAUUGUAAAGCGAUCGUUAAAGACAAUAC